AUGCGCGUUCUCGUUAUCGGCGGCAGUGGACGUACUGGCAAGCUCGUCAUUAAUGAGCUACUUCGUCAAGGACAUGAAGUCACCACUUUAGCCAGAAACCCAUCGGCAAUGGGAGCAGCAACAAACCUAGACAUCGUGAAAGGCACUCCUACGGAUCUAGCCGAUGUGAGAGCGGCCUUCGAGCACAAGGUCCCAGACGUUGUGAUUGUCACUCUGAAUGCUCCCCGGGAAUCCGAUAGCCCGUUCGCCGCUCCCAUCUCACCACCAAGGCUCAUGGCGGACUGCAAUGCAAACAUCGUCAAGGCCAUGAAAGAAUUCGGCGUUCGCAAGACCGUCAUCUUACAGGCCUUUGGCGUUGGUGACUCGUGGGACAACAUGAACUGCCUAUUGCGCAUGCUCAUGAAGAAAUCCAACAUGAGCUUACAAUACGAUGACCACAACCACACCGAUCGCGAGGUCAGAGAAAGUGGUGUCGACUAUGUUUUCGUCCGUCCAUCGCGGCUGGUAGAGGGUGAAGCGAGCCUGGUGAAGGUGUGGCCAAACCAUGGCCAGGGAGUCCCGAUGAUGGCUAGCACCAGCCGUACGAGUGUUGCGAAAUGGCUCGUUGAUGCGGCAGUGAACAACGAUUGGGAUAACACUGCCCCGGUGAUCACCAACUAG